AUGAUAGUCACAUCCGAUAUGUCUGCGAAAGAAUUUAUUAACGAUUUUAAAGAAAAUUAUGGGAAAGUCAGAAAAUUAUUGGAUGAAGACAGUAAGAAUGAUCCUGAACAUGAGCCGUACUCUUCGAAAUAUAAGGCAAGGGAUAUAUUGAACAACAUGCGCAAUGCAUUGUCAAGGGUAUCUAAUACUGAAAUGAGUUUAGAUCAAUUGAAAUUGGAUGCUAUGCUCGGUGUUGUUUUAUUAAAUAUAGGAAUUAUCGACAUGGAAACAGAGGAACUUACUGCAAGUGAGCAAGUACUGAGGGAAGCUGAAGACCUUCUUACCCCAAAUUCAUCUAAACCCGAAAUUGUAACCACCCUAAUUAACAUUGAAAACAACCUUGGUAUAUUGUGGUCGAAUCGAGAUGAACCUGCUAAAGCAAAAUUAUUUCUGCUUAAAGCCAAAUCAUUGUAUGAAGAUUUUAAAUGCACUUUACAAAUGCCAUUAUCCAUUGAAAACAUCAUUAGUAGUACUGGCGAAACAGUAACAGGAGAUUUCAUGUUCCUAGAAAAAGCUCAUACCUUAUCUUUGUAUUACUUAGCUCAAGUAUAUGGUUCUUUGAAGGAAAAUUUAAAAUCUGCUGUAUAUUGUCAUGUCACAUUAAGGAGGCAACUCCAAUACUCUGACUAUGAGCCAAUAGAGUGGUCACUUAAUUCUGCAACAUUAUCUCAAUUCUUUGCUGAGCAGAAUGGUUUUUUCCAGUCUAGACAUCAUCUUGCAGCAGCAUCAACUAUAUUAGAACAAUAUGAAGCAACAUUACUACAAUCAGAGAGCAAUGAUGAUGUAUUUUUGGCUAAAAAAGAAACUUUCAAACAUAGAUCUGCUGAUGUUGCAAGAUGCUGGGCUAAAUACUGUCUUUUGCUUAUGACGGCUUCUAAAGCGAGACUUAUGAGUGAUACAGAACAAAUGAGUGAUGCAAUAACAGAUAUGUCUAAUUUAGAAUUGGAAGACGAUGAAAACAUUUGUGGUGGGGACAUAAAAAAAUUAGUUUUUCCUGACUUAGAUGUCACUAAAUAUGAAAACAAAAUUGGUGAUAAGUUUCUUUUAACAUAUCAAGACUCUAGAGAAGUUUUCUUAAGUUGCCAAAGUUGGUUAAAUAAAGCUAAAGAAUAUUAUAAGCUGGAUUCCUUAGCAUCUGACUAUAUUGAGCUCAUACAAGACAGUUCCCAGUCAUAUUCAUACCUUGCUUUCUUUGAAGAAGAUGAUGAACGAAGGGCAAAAAUGCACAAAAGACGAAUUGAUAUGCUCGAGGAUUUAAUAAAAGAAAUUAAUCCAACCUAUUAUCUACAGUAUUGCAGACAGCUGUGGUAUGAAUUAGGGGAAGUGUACUCAGAAAUUUUGAACAUAAAAUUAGACAAACUUAACAAGUCUAAUGAAAAGCCCACACCUCAUAUAUUGAAAAAAAUUAAUAUGUUAUGUGAAAAAAGUAUUGAAAACUAUGACCAUUUCCUAGAUUCUGUUAAAGACAAAAAUGGACAAAUGCCUUUGAAAUUGGAAUUUGAUGUGAUAAGGCCAGUUAUUAGUGCAUAUGCUUUUAUUGGACGGAACAGUAUGAAAAGGAUUGCAGUAGACAAAAAUGUUCAACUAAGUCACGUUAAAAAAAGCUACGACUCCUAUCAAGGUGUAGUGGAUAUUUGUAAAAAUGACAAAGAAGCUGCAACAAUGAUGAAAGAGGAAUACAGCCUGUGUCAAGAGAUGGUGAAUAUUCUGCCCAUAAAAAUUAAAAAGAUGGAAACUGAACUCUCUGCUCAGAAUUUG